AUGAUAACCAAAGUCGCUGAUCGGGAUACAAGGCCUGGAAAAAAAGAGGAUAGCUCCUCGAAGAAAUUUCGGACCCUAACCAAUGCGAUUCGUUUCUGUACUUGGACGGUGGGAGCGGAUGUCACCAAACCGGAGUACAAGUUUUACUGGCGCACCUACAUGACCGGAAUGCUGAUCUUCAUGUUCAUGCUCUGCACAGGAUACACUGUCUAUGUGGACGUGGUCAUCAAUGCCGAUUGGGUGGCUCUGCUGCAAACCUGCUGUCAAAGCGGAGCAGGCAUCCAAGGAGGGACUAAGUUCCUCUGCGUUCUCUUUUACCGCAAGGACGUGGUGGAAGUGUUGAACUUUCUACAUUUCACCUAUGAGAAACACGAAUGCCUUGGCCCAAAUUAUAAGAAGUCGCUGGAAGAUGCCUUGAAAUUACUAAUAACUUGCGCGAAAGGGUUGCUUUCGGUCUAUCUGGUUGCCCGUUUGAGCUGUAUAGCUUUCCCGGCAGCGUUUUAUGCUCUAUAUAAUGAGAAGCUAAUGGUUAUGCAGUUUCUGAUUCCGGGCUUGGAUCCCGAAACGAUUUUUGGCUACUGGAUGCUCACCGCCGUGCACAUUGUGUGCACAGUGUGCGGGUUUUUCGGAAACUUCGCCGCCGACAUGUAUAUAUUCGUCUUCAUUACGAGUGCGCCGCUGGUAAAGAAUAUCCUUAAAUGCAAGCUGGAGGAUCUUGAUACCAAGUUAGAGGCUUUUAAUGGGCAAAAGAUCUUACAGAAAGAUGUCCAUGAAGAUAUAAUGGGAAUCAUUAACUGGCACAAGAACUAUUUAAGACUUCUGGAGAGUUCUGAGCGGAUUUUCUUCAUAGUGAUCUUUGUGGAGAUGAUCACCAGCUUUAUGAGCAACCUGAGUAUCCUGUACUGCAUCCUCAUUGGAGUCUGGCCCUCGGGCAAGAUUUACCUUGCAUUCACGAUCACGUCCUUUUUUAUGUUCAGCGCCUUGGGAACAGUGGUCGAUAGUUCGAAUCAGGACUGCAGUGACAUCAUCUACACCUGUCGAUGGUACGAUUUGCCCAUCAGCGAACAGCGACUGCUGCUCUUCAUGCUGCGUAGAUCCCAAUCCACAUCCGGACUUUCGGUGGGAAAAAUGAUGCCCCUCAACAUGAACACCGCGGUGCAGAUUUCAAAGGCCAUUUACUCUGUUCUUAUGCUGCUGAUGAGCGGACGGGAGCAGUGAAUUUGGGCGGGGAAAAGCUGAUUAAUU